GGGUGAGAGAGAUAGAGAGAGAGAGAGAGACGGACGGAAUGUCCAGUCGCCUCCUCUGUCUCUCCCCUCUCCGGCAGCCCGCACAACGCUCUCCGACUUGGCGGCUCCUUGCACAUGGUAACGUGUGGCCACAAUACCUCCAGAACUGUUGGGGAAAUGGCGUAGGCAAUGUUUUAGCAGCGGCAGCGUUUAUAAAAGAGAAAGCCCUCCUGUGUUGCGGCAGCCACUGUGGUGUCGGUGUGCCUUCUCUAACCCUGUCAUUUCUGCAGGGUACUGCGUGGGGCACAGUUUGAACUACCGCUCGGGCAGGGAGGCAGCUCCACCGGGGGGGGGGGUUAGGACACUGCGGUGCUCCCUACUUUCUUGCACGAAACCCAUCAUCGAGUUGGAAACACUGCAAGCCCUGGGUGCUGGAUGACAGGGGCUGUCCAGCCGCUCGCACGGUCCGCCCACAGAGGGGGAGUCUGAUUCUAAAGCGUGUUGGAGGUAGCACUUAAUCUGACAGUUCAGGAAGUGGUUUGAGAUGGGCAACACCGACACGGCACGGAAAAGACUGCCGAGGUGUCAGCAUUAAAUCCCACACCAAGCGGCGGCAAGAUCCAUCCAGAAUGGCAUCAAGUAACUCGAGUUUAUCUGGUUCAUCAGUUUCCUCAGAUGCUGAGGAGUAUCAGCCACCAAUAUGGAAAUCCUACUUGUAUCAGUUACAGCAGGAAGCUCCACGUCCAAAGAGAAUGACUUGCCCCCGAGAGGUUGAAAACAGGCCAAAGUACUAUGGAAGAGAGUUCCAUGGGAUGAUAUCUCGUGAGCAGGCUGAUGAACAGCUUGGUGGAGUUGAGGGUGCUUACCUCAUCAGAGAGAGUCAACGUCAGCCGGGUAGCAACACUUUGGCUCUGAGAUUUGGCUACCAGACAUUAAACUACAGAUUAUUCUAUGAUGGAAAGCACUUUGUAGGAGAGAAGCGAUUUGAGUCAAUCCAUGAUCUCGUGACAGAUGGCUUGAUAACCCUUUACAUAGAAACAAAAGCAUCUGAGUAUAUUUCAAAGAUGACUACCAAUCCCAUCUAUGAGCACAUCGGAUAUGCCACAUUGUUGAGAGAGCAAACCUCAAAGAGACUGAUCAAGACAAAGCGUGACAGUAGGAAGGUGUCUUUCAUGAAUGAUGAAAACAGUUCAGUUGAAAAGAUCACCUCACUUGUCAGAAGAGCUGCCUUGAAACAAAGUGAGAACAACUUCAAUUAUGAGAAAGCUCACAAUUUUAAGGUCCAUACAUUCCGAGGUCCUCACUGGUGUGAAUACUGUGCCAACUUUAUGUGGGGCCUGAUAGCGCAGGGAGUGAGGUGUUCAGAUUGCGGUUUGAAUGUACAUAAGCAGUGUUCAAAAUUUGUACCCAAUGACUGUCAGCCUGACCUCAAGAGAAUCAAGAAGGUGUACAGCUGUGACCUGACAACACUGGUAAAAGCACACAAUACACAGAGACCAAUGGUGGUGGACAUGUGCAUUCGGGAGAUUGAAGCACGAGGAUUGAAAUCCGAGGGGCUUUACAGAGUGUCUGGAUUUAGUGAGCACAUAGAAGAUGUUAAAAUGGCAUUUGACCGAGAUGGUGACAAAGCUGACAUCUCUGCCACCAUGUAUGCAGAUGUCAACAUUAUUGCUGGUGCCCUUAAGCUGUAUUUUAGGGAUUUGCCAAUUCCUGUCAUUACUUAUGAUUCAUAUCAAAAGUUCAUUGAAUCAGCCAAAAUUACUAACCCAGAUGACAGGCUGGAGGCUAUCCAUGAAUCUUUAAUGUUACUACCUCCUGCACAUUAUGAAACAUUGCGACAUUUGAUGACUCAUCUGAAAAAGGUCACUUUGCUCGAAAAGGAAAAUUUGAUGAAUGCGGAAAACCUUGGAAUUGUUUUUGGGCCAACGUUGAUGCGACCCCCUGAGCAAAAUACACUGGCAACUUUGAAUGACAUACGAUACCAGAGACUGAUUGUCCAGCUCUUGAUUGAAAAUGAAGAUGUUUUGUUCUGAGAAAGGAGAGCAGUAUGAAGUAAAACCAACACUGUAGUUACAAUUUGUGACUGAGUUGCAAAGGCACUAUUGCAGUCCUUGUAGGUUGGCUGUGUGGAUGAAGAAGUCUGUGAUGAUUCAGAUGGAUACCACAACAUUCCUUGUAGUCCUUUCUUUUAGGAAGUAUAUGUUUAAUUAAGAGAGCUGAGGUAGGUAAAAAAAAAUCCUAUUACCUUAUAUGCUUUUGAACAUCAUUAGGACAGAGUUAUAUUAGGAAAAACAAAGCAAAAGUUGUGUACAAUUCCCACAAGCUGCAGAGUUGUUUUUCAUUGUUCCUUUUUUAAAAAUAUAUAUAAGGCAUAUAUGCUCAAUCAAAAAAGCCAAUAAUCAAGAUUCCACUCCAAAGUUAGCCUGGUGCGAAAUGAGUGUAUUUUUAUUUGUAAUGAUAGUAUUUACCUGUUUUGUAUUUGAAUUAUAUCACAGAAUUUUGAAUUGCACUAAGUGUCUCUACAAAUUGGUAUAUCAACUAAUUUAUACCUUUACGUUUUUUCAAGGUUCAUUAACUUAAAUAGAGAUUUGUGCUACAUAUAACAAAUUAUUGAGCUAAUAUACUACAAUUGAUCAAUUUUAUAAUAAUUGUGGGAGAUCUAUGCCAUCCACGUGCAGCAGUAAAGGAUGGCAUUCGAAUCGUAAUAUUCUUAAUCUGUAAUUAUAAUUUUUUUCUCUUCUGCUCAGAACUCCCCUUCCGUUUACUGAGUGCUCAGUGAGAACUGGAUUAAUUGUCACAUUACUGAAUUUAGGACUGGUGCCUAUUGACUCAUGGAAGGCAUUUAAUUGUGUAUAUGUAUAAAGCUGUACUUAGUUAUCAGUUUGGUAAAGAUAGCAGAAAGUCACCAAAGUUAUGAGUGUAGAAGGAAGGAUCUUCUGUAGUUCUUCGAUUUUAUUGUGAACAUUUGUUAUGUUCAUUGUUAUGAUUCCUAAAUGGGCUGCAUUUGAAAACUGUCAAACAUAGUAUCUUCACGGUAAACUUCUUUGAUCCAUCACUUUAGAUAAAAACACAUGUGAAAUCAUUUCUGUAUUGGAAUAGCAACAUACGAGACUGCAACAGUGGUCCCUUCAUUGUUUGGAAAUGCAUGUAUACAAACUAGAUCAAAAAAAUCCUGAAGUAUUCUGUGGAUAUCAAUUUGAUAGUUUUCAAAUAUGAAUAUGGUUUAUGUAUAAAUCAAAUGCUGCAGUUGUUUAAAAGACCACUUUUUUGAUUCCUUUCUCAGAUGUAAAUUUUGAUUGUUUUGUUGAACUUGCCAUAGUCACUGGUACCUACAUAUGAAAUGUCUUCCUUUGAAAGCUUUGGCUAUUUUUUUUCUCCUCUAGUAAUGUGCAAACAAUGCCAGAUAUAUGUUGUAAAUUAAACAAUGUACUGUGAAGAUUUUAUUAAAUGUGCCAUUAAAUUCAAA